CUAUUGGCUGGAUUAAAGAGCGACAGUGGGAGGUCGGCUGGGCGGGUGCUCCUGAAGGUGACGGCUCUCGCGCUGUGUUGGGGUCGUCUUUGUGGCAGCUGAGGGGAUUUCGGAGGGGAGGCUGUUGGUGCUGCUGAGGCCGGCGCGAGGGCAAAGAUGUUGGGCGGACGACAGCUGCCGAAGACGCUUCGGGUGUUAACUUAUGCAAGCAGAGGCUAUUCAUCACAGCAUGGUUUAAAUGAAGUAGUCAUUGUAAGUGCAGUCCGGACACCCAUUGGUUCUUUCCAAGGAUCCCUUUCCUCACAACCAGCCACUAAACUUGGUUCCAUUGCAAUCAGAGGUGCAAUUGAAAGAGCAGGUAUCCCUGCACAAGAAGUGAAAGAAGUCUACAUGGGGAAUGUUAUCCAGGCUGGGCAAGGACAAGCUCCUGCAAGACAAGCAACUCUUGGUGCAGGUUUACCAGUUUCUACUCCUUGCACGACUGUCAACAAAGUUUGUGCUUCUGGAAUGAAAUCUAUUAUGAUGGCAGCACAGAGUCUGACAUGUGGGAGUCAGGAUGUGAUGGUAGCUGGUGGAAUGGAGAGCAUGUCUAAUGUACCCUACACAAUGGGCAGAGGAGCAACGCCUUAUGGAGGAGUAAAGCUUGAAGACUUGAUUGUAAAAGAUGGCUUGACAGAUGUUUACAACAAAAUCCACAUGGGUAAUUGCGCAGAGAAUACUGCUAAGAAGUUUACUAUAUCACGAGAAGAUCAAGAUGCCUAUGCUAUAAAAUCUUAUACCAAAAGCAAGGAAGGUUGGGAUGCUGGAGUAUUUGCUACAGAAAUUGUACCAGUUACUAUUUCUCAGAAAGGGAAACCUGACACAGAGGUUAAAGAAGAUGAAGAGUACAAACGUGUUGACUUCAGCAAAGUUCCAAAGCUGAAGGCUGUUUUUCAAAAAGAAAAUGGAACAAUAACAGCUGCCAAUGCCAGUACAUUGAAUGAUGGAGCAGCUGCUUUAGUACUGAUGACUUCAGAAGCAGCCAAGAGGUUGAAUGCUAAACCAUUGGCUAAAAUAGUAGCUUUUGCAGAUGCUGCUGUUGAUCCUAUUGAUUUUCCAAUUGCGCCAGCACAUGCUGUUCCUAAGAUACUUAAUCAGGUAGGACUCAAAAAGGAAGAUAUUAAGAUGUGGGAAAUUAAUGAAGCUUUUAGUGUUGUUGUCCUAGCCAACAUUAAAAUGCUGGACAUUGAUCCACAUAAGGUGAACAUUCAUGGAGGAGCGGUCUCUUUGGGACAUCCAAUUGGGAUGUCUGGAGCAAGAAUUGUUGUUCACAUGGUUCAUGCGUUGAAGCAAGGAGAGUAUGGCCUUGCUGGAAUCUGCAAUGGAGGAGGUGGCGCAUCUACAGUACUGAUUCAAAAACUUUAGAUUCUAAUGUCAAGCCUAAAGGCCAAAACAAUCAAAUGGCUGUUACAUCUGUUUAUGGAAUUGCAGCACAGACACCUAAAAAUGCAGUUUCUAAAAAACUUUUUUUUUAACUGUAGCAUGCUUCACUGGUGACAGUGGUUUUUUAUACCAUAGGGACUAUAAAAUGUGGGUUAAACUUCAAUCAGAGACAAUAAAGACUAUAUAUGUAUCA